GCACGCCCAGCCCCAGCCCUGAGCCUGGUGGCAGUGGGAUCCCAGCCCUGCUGCACUGUCCCCGUGCCCCUGGUGACUCCCUGGUGACUCCCUGGUUACCAUCUCGGCUCCAUCUCCUCCUCCUCCUCCUCCUCCUCCCCCGGCUCUAAUCCCCGCAGACGGCGCCGAGCGCGAGCAGCCACCAGGAGCAGCUCUGUCUGUGCUGACCUGGCGUUCCUGCUUCCACUCUGGAGGAGAUGGGGCGCAAGGAGGAGGAAGGCAGCGGCUCCUGGAAGAAGCAGACGAGCAACAUCCGCAAAACCUUCAUCUUCAUGGAGGCCCUGGGCUCAGGUGCCUUCUCAGAGGUUUUCCUGGUGAAGCAGAAAAGCACUGGCAAGCUCUUUGCUCUGAAAUGCAUCAAGAAGUCUCCUCUCAACAGGGACAGCAGCCUGGAGAAUGAAAUAGCAGUGCUGAAAAAGAUAAAGCAUGAAAACAUUGUGACUUUGGAGGAUAUUUACGAGAGCACAACCCACUUCUACCUGGUCAUGCAGCUGGUGUCAGGGGGAGAGCUGUUUGACAGGAUCCUGGAGCGGGGAGUGUACACGGAGAAGGACGCGAGCCUGGUGAUCCACCAGGUGCUGACAGCUGUGAAAUACCUGCAUGAGAACGGCAUCGUGCACCGGGACCUCAAGCCUGAGAACCUGCUGUACCUCACCCCCGAGGAGAACUCCAAAAUCAUGAUCACGGAUUUUGGCCUGUCGAAAAUGGAGCAGAACGGGAUCAUGUCCACGGCCUGUGGGACCCCAGGAUACGUGGCCCCCGAGGUGCUGGCCCAGAAGCCCUACAGCAAAGCCGUGGACUGCUGGUCCAUCGGGGUCAUCACCUACAUCCUGCUCUGUGGCUACCCUCCUUUCUACGAGGAAACCGAAUCCAAACUCUUUGAGAAGAUCAAGGAAGGCUACUACGAGUUCGAGUCUCCGUUUUGGGACGAUAUCUCCGAGUCAGCCAAGGACUUCAUCCGGCACCUCCUGGAGAAGAACCCGAGCGCGAGGUUCACCUGCGAGGAGGCCCUGAGGCACCCGUGGAUUAAUGGAAAUACAGCCCUUCACCGUGACAUCUACCCAUCUGUCAGCGCUCAGAUCCAGAAAAACUUUGCAAAGAGCAAAUGGAGGCAAGCCUUCAACGCCGCAGCCGUCGUGCACCACAUGAAGAAGCUGCACAUGAGCGGCCACGGGGCGGCCGAGGGCUCUGUCCCUGCCCCAGAGACCUCGGAGCCCCCCAGGCCCAGCAGCCCCUCGGGGACCCCCCUGCCAGCAGCGCCAAGAGAUGACAAGGACACAGCUCAGGGCCCCUCUCAGGGGCACCCAAACCCACCCCGACCCCCUCAGCCCCAGCAGGAGAUGGGAACGGGGGAGGAAAAGCCCCCCAGCCCCCCGGAGGAGGGACCCCUGCCCAGGGACAGCAGCCUGGCCCUGCCGGACAGCCACAGCCCCCCGGGCAGGAGCUCCUGUGGCUGCAGCCCCUCCUGUGUGGGCCACGAGAAGACCAAGGCAUCCUCCUGCUCCGAGACGGUGCUGCUCAAAAAGUCUUCAAAAUCCCACCAUUUCAAGUCAGAGGUUCUCGUCCCAGUGAAAACCAGUAAACACUCGUCUCACUGUGGCACUGGGCAAACUGGAGUUUGUUUGAUCAUGUGAUGGAGGCAGCCAUGUGGUCAGAGGACCAGAAGGGCUCUUUGACUCUUUUCUGUGCUUCAGAGCCGGCAGUGCGAGCAGAAAGGAGGCUGUGCCCUGCCAGCAGCUCUGGAGAGCAGGGGCCAGCUGGGUCAGGGGCACAGCAGUGCCAGGAUCCAUCCCUGCGGGCAGCUCGGGCUGUUUCUGGAUCAUUCCAGCCGGGAGGAGGCGAGGGAAGGUCUGAGGCUCCUGCUCCCACACCCAGUGUCCACUCUCAUAGGGCAUCCUCAGCUUGUGUUUCCUGUUUAGCUGUCAAUGCACCAAGGCCCUGCACAGCGUCAGCCCCGCGAACCAAAGCCAUGGCGAGCUUCACUCCCGGGGCAGCUCCCUGGUUUCUGCAGCCCUCACCCUCUCCUGUCCUGGGGCUUGGUCAGUCCAGGCUUUGGCACUCUGAGUUCAGCUGCCCAGCCCUCGGUGCAGCCCCAACAGGAGAGAGAACCUGCUAGAAACCUCCCUGUGUGUGACAAUGCCACAGCAAGGCCUGAGCUCCCCCUCCA